AUGGCCGCCACAGCGCCGACGCCCGAAGCAGCUGCCGGGCCGUUCGACUACAUCGUCAUCGGCGGUGGCACGGCCGGCCUAGUGGUUGCUAACCGCCUGACCGAGGACGGCAGUGUUCGGGUGCUCGUGGUCGAGGCCGGCUCCGACCACCGCACCGACCCGCUCAUCCUAACACCCGGACUAGUGGCAGCCGUCUACGGCAAGGAGGAAUAUGAUUGGAACCUCACCUCUGUCCCCCAGCCUGGCCUCAACAACCGGUACAUCAACCAAAGCCGCGGCAAGAUGCUCGGCGGCAGCUCGGGGCUCAACUUCAUGAUGCUGCUGUACCCGUCCAAGGGAAUCAUCGAUGCAUGGGGCUCUCUGGGCAACUCGGGGUGGGACUACGACUCGUUGGCCCCCUAUCUGCAAAAGUUUGCAACGGUCCACUCGCCGCCCCAGCCGGCUCGGGAUGUUCUAGGACUGACCUAUCACGACGAGAGCUUGGCAGAGGGCGACGGGCCCGUCCAUGUCUCCUUCAGCGAGGGCUACGGCCCCUCGAACAAGGCCUGGAUCGACGCCUUUGAGGAGCAGGGCCUCAAGGUCGACACGGAUCCCCGCGCCGGCAAAGCCCUCGGCGGGUUCCAGCAGCCGGCCUCCAUCGACCCGGCCAACAAGACGAGGAGCUACGCCGCGACGGCCUACUACGACGACGCCGUGGCCGCGAGGCCCAACCUGGUCGUGCUGACCGAGACGGUCGUUAGCAAGGUCAUCUUCGACACGACGGCCGAGGGCGGCGGCGAGGCCGUGGCGACGGGCGUCGAGAUCGUCACCAAGGGCGGCGAAAAGAAGCAGGUGCUGGCCAGCCAGGAGGUGAUCCUGGCGGCGGGCGCGCUGCACUCGCCACAGAUCCUUGAGCUGUCGGGCGUCGGCGGCCGGGACCUGCUGCGGAAGCACGGCAUCCCCGUCGUGGUCGACAACGCCAACGUCGGCGAGGGCCUGCAGGACCACGCCAUCGUGUGCCAGAGCUUCGAGGUCGUCGACGGCGUGGCGUCGGCCGACGUGCUGCGCGACCCCGACGUGCUGCAGGCCCUGAUCGGCAUGUACCAGGCGGGCGGCGCGGGCGCGGGACCGCUAGGCCAGAGCAACAUCAGCGUCGCCUACACGCCCGUCGUCGACGGGUCGGGCGCGCUGUCGCCCGACGCCGCCGAGGCCCUGUUCGUGGCCAACGCCGGCACGCUCGACUCGCCGGGCCGCCGGGCCGUGGCGUCGCUGCUGCGGACGGGCGCCGAGCCCGCGCACCAGUACCUGCUCUUCCCGUCGCAGAUCUCCAUCCCCGACCGCCCGGACUCCAUGGCUACGUACCUGACGCCGACGCGGCCCGAGAACUACCUGACCGUCAUGGCCAUCCUCAACCACCCCUUCUCGCGCGGCAGCGUGCACGCGGCGAGCGCCGACGUCGCCGCGCUGCCCGUGUGGGACCCCAAGUACAACUCGCACGCGCUGGACCUCGAGCUGCUGGGCCGCGCCGUGCAGUUCGUCGAGCGGCUGGUGGCGCCGGCGUCGCCGCUGGGCAGCCUGUUCAAGGCUGGCGGCAAGCGCGUGCCCGACAUUGUCGCCGACGGCCUCGACGCUGCCAAGGAGGUCGUGCGCCAGCGCCAGAUCUCCGUCUUCCACGUCUCGGGCAGCUGCGCCAUGCUACCCCGCGACAAGGGCGGCGUUGUUGACGACCGCCUGCGCGUCUACGGCACCCGCCGCCUGCGCGUCGUCGACGCCGCCAUCUUCCCUCUGGAGCCCUCGGGUAACAUCCAGAGCGUCGUGUAUGCUGUGGCCGAGAAGGCCGCCGACCUCAUUAAGCAGGACCGCCACACCUGA